AUGUGUCAGGAAAUUGUUGACAUAUUCUUCAUUCUUCUGUUUGAGCCAUUGUAUCUGAUAUCUGGCCAAUCUGUGGCUCACCUUGGUGCCAGGUGUUUCUCACUGUUGUUAGGAUUUCUUGUGCAUACAUUGUGUUCUUUUUUACUUCCUCAGCUCACCAAGGGUAUGUCAUAUUUUGCCGACUUUGAGAAGAGUAGAGGAAACUACAUUGUUGAUGCUGAUGGCAAUGUUUUGUUGGAUGUUUUUCAGCAAAUUGCCUCUAUACCAUUAGGUUACAAUCAUCCUGCUUUAGUCCAAGCUAUGCAAGAUCCAAAGAAUGUGUCUUCAUUUGUGAACCGUGCAGCUUUAGGUCUUUAUCCACCUGUUACAUUUCUCCAAGAUUUAAAAGAUACAUUGAUCACUGUGGCUCCACCAGGACUGCGAGAGGUAACGACAAUGGCCUGUGGGACAUGCUCAGUGGAGAAUGCAUUCAAACUGGCUUUUAUGAGUUACAAGUUUAAUGUUUGUUUCUUUGCAGGUGCUCUUUCCACAACUCGGUCAAAGGCCAUGGCAAGAGUAGAUAUUCCAGUGUUUGAUUGGCCAAAAGCACCAUUUCCUUAUCUGAAGUAUCCAUUAGAGAAACAUGAAGGAGAGAACAAAGUAGAAGAGGAGAGGUGCCUUGAGAUGGCACGUGAAGCAAUUAUUAGUAGUAACAAUGUUGGCAAAAAUGUUGCUGGAAUAAUUGUGGAGCCCAUUCAAUCUGAAGGAGGUAAGAAUUGUGUAAAAAUUUGCAUUUGUGACCACCAGGAGGGGAUACGAAAAGAAGUGAAACCACGCCAGGAUCCGGAUGCGAGACAAUUGAAGAAUACUUCCACAACAAACAGAAUUCAGAAGGCAAGCAAACCUGGCCAAUCAAAGGUUAGAAAACACAACGAAAGUGUUAUAGGCAAAGAAAUCGGUAGUCAGGAUUUGUUGAUUGCGACACUGGAGUUACAUUACAAUACAAUCGGUGAUCAGCAUCUGUUGCUCGAGAAACCUCAACCAGCAGAACUCCAUGUGCGUCGUAAGAAGAUCAAAAACAGUUUAGUAUAUCAUGAUGAAGCUGUCCCGACACAGUUAAUGGCAGAACAAAUCACCAGAAUGGAACAGGCACCCUUUAAACAGCGAGAUGAAUUAAAAAGAGAUUUGUCUAUGGAGAAUGUACAACGAGAUGAUAGUUCAGUCAAGUUUUACACUGGCUUACCUUCACUCUCGUGUCUGCUCAUGUUAUUUGAUUUUCUCAAGCCUGUUGCAAAUUGCAUGAAAUACUGGGAUGGAAAGAACAAGACACGAGUAGAAACAUAUCAGGAGAACACUGACAAGGGUAAACCUGGCCGCAAAAGGCAGCUAUCUCUAUUUGCUGAGUUUGUGAUGUCACAGUUUAAUGCUUUGUUGAUUAUUGAUGAAGUGCAGACUGGUUGUGGAAGUACUGGCAAAUUCUGGGCUCAUGAACACUGGGGUCUCGAUGAACCACCCGAUAUUGUGACGUUCUCAAAGAAGAUGCUGAUUGGUGGCUUCUACCACAAGCCAGAAAUUCGAGUUCAGCAGCCAGCACGUAUUUUUAACACAUGGAUGGGAGAUCAAAGCAAACUUGUGCUUUUAAAGGAGGUUGUUAAGACAAUCCGAGAGGAAGGCUUGCUUCAGAGAGUAAAGGAAACUGGCCAAGUGUUGUUGUGCGGUCUGGAGAACAUUCAGGAGAAGUAUCCUCGACUAUUUUCUCGUGCCCGAGGUGUAGGAACUUUCUGUGCAAUUGACUGUCCAGAUGGAGAUAUUCGAGCAGAAUUCCUUUCAAGAAUGAAAAACAAUGGUGUGGAGAUGGGUGGAGGCUGUGGAGAAACCAGCAUACGCUUCAGGCCGUCGUUGACAUUCUCCUCUCACCAUGCAAAUAUUUUGUUGGAAGUUAUGGACAAAGUUGCUUCCGAAAUGCUCUCGGAGAUCUAGGAUGGGCAAAAAUGUCGACCAGUUUGGAUGAUUUUUUUCGUUUUUAAGUUUAAGAGAAUAGUGAUGGAUUAGUUUUGUUUAUGGCUGUAUUAAUUGUUUAUUAUCUGACUGAGGAAAUUGCUUCAUUUUGAUUGGCUGUUACUUAUAUUUUACAUUGAUAUAUUUUAUCAUAAUAUGUUGCAAAGAAACUAGUCAAUCUUAAAAAAUUACAACACAACUUUACACAUUUAAUCAUAGCGGGGAAGUUUAGUCUUUGGAAAAUUACAGAGAAUACUUCACAUUGUGUUGCAUUGAUGAAGACAAUAAUCUAUGGCUCCUCUGAAGUCAUUAAACACUUAAUUACUGGUCCCAAGGGAAACGGUGAGUUUUUGUUUCCCGGGAAAAGUUUUUUGGAGGGGAAACAAAACUCCCUGAUUCAGAUGGGGCCAGUGAAGUAUUUUGUUGUACCUCCCAACUCAAAAAUAGAAUAAGGUGCGAAAAAUAGUUUGCUUGUUGUCGGCUACCACACAAAUUCGCCGCGAUUUUAAGGUGCAUAAUCUGAUCACGUGUGAGUCGAAAGUUCAAGUUGUUGUUUCCCUAGAGAGUUAGUGAGUUUUGUUCGCCUUAAGAAGUCAGUGAGUUUUGACUCAUGACGCGUGACACGUUCUCCUCCAAUCGGAAAACGUAUUAGAGUUGGGAGGAAUAACAAAGGAGUUUAUUAAAAGUGAUAAAUAACUCUACAAAUUCUGUUAAUUAUUGGCAUUGACAUAGAGAUCUUGCAGAUGAUUAAUAGGUAAGGUUUGAUCGGCAGGUAUCCCCAAUAAUUUAACUGAUGUUCUUGCUAGAGCAAGAGGAGUUAUGAUCUGCAUAUUUUUGUGGCAAGGAACAGCUUAUAGAUUCUGACUACACUCACACCAGACAUUCAAUGUAAAAAAGUUUCUUGAGGAUGCGUCAGUCAGCCAUCAGAUUCAAUGUAUCCUGAUGUUUACCUCACAAAUUUAACUAAUGGUUCCAAGAAUCAGAACCUGUACUACGCCAGAUACGAAAAACCACUAAAAACCACUCUUUAUAUGUGGCCAAAAAAUAUGUCGAAACGUAUUCCUCAUCUAUGCAGCAGCACGAGACCCCGAGGAAAGAGUCUUCUACAAUUAUUUACACAAAUUGAUCAAAUCGAAACAUAAUCAUAAAAAAUAAAGUGGGCGAACACAGCGACUGGCUGACCUAGAAUGACUAGAAUCACCCGCCAAGAGCCUUAAAUUGUCCCUUAGCAUCCCGUGAUGCACCGCGAGUCUCUCCAACGUGCCGUCAGAAUAAUAAUUUCCCACUAAUUCGUGCCUCAAUCGUCAGAAAUUACAUUUUUUGACCAUCUAUUGCAAGGCACAUUUUAUCAUUCACACAUGAAAAGAAUUUUAAUUGUUAUUAGUAUUAUAAAUGGAACAGGAAUUAAACAGUAGUGUUAUUUUCAACUGGAAGAACAGUUAGGCAGUAUAAAUAUGAUGGCCAACUUUAGUUAUUAAACGUACAGCACGUUUUUGCCUUGAAUAUAUAGUAUUUCAGUCCCUUAAACAAGAGCAUACCACGUUGCGUUGCAAUGACUAAUGUAACCGUAAGUUAGGCAUAAUCUGUGUUAUGUAGGGAUAACUUAGUUUGUGAAGAUGGACAAAAGGACAUUCUGUUAAUUAUACGUAUGGACGUGGAAUGGUAUGGUCAAUAAAUAUCUCCAACGAUUUUUAAAAA